CAACCAUCGCCUGCCUUCGUUUUCUUGGGUGGUUUCAAAAGCACAACCAUCCCUCAAAUAUUCCAGCAAAUUCCUGUGAAGGAAAAUACAAUGGCAAAGAAGAGUGGAACGAGCUCGCGUUUGACAAUUAUGCUGUGUGAAAUUAUUUUGGUUUCGGUUUUCUUCCAGUUAGCUUUAAGUUUCGACCUUUCUGAUGAUGAAGGCCACCAAAAUUUCUUCCCUCUAUCCCACAGUGACAGACAAGGUUACUGGACCUUCGUCGAAGAAAAAAGUCCUAGUCCUCUCAACAGAUUAGGUUGCAGGGUUUUCAGGCAUAUUCCCUGCACCAGAACCGGCAGGAUGCUCGUAAAUCCUGAGUUGAAUGAUUACGAUGCAUCAUUGAUUCCUGAUUAUACGUGGAGCGCCAUUGAUUAUUCUGUUUCGGAUGACAUCCCCGAAGGAAAAGCCUUUCCUAACAAGAGGGGAAGCAUAGCAUUUCCACCAAGAAUUGGCCGCAAAAAGAGAUCCAUCUCUGAUGACGACUCUGGAAGUGACAACCGAGCCAAAAACUUACAAGGCCCCUUGUCCACGAUGAUCAACUCUGAUUGGUCUUUCAUUGAUGAUGUCGAGCCAGACUUUUACAUGCGUCAAGACCGUCGGGGCAACAGCAGAAGCAGGAAUGCCUUUGUACCUCGAGUUGGAAAGAAACGCUCUCAAGAAGAUCUUGAAGAUAUUGAAGACAAAAGAGCUUUAGCUUUGACACCAAGAAUUGGCAGGGCUUCUCUCAUCCCAAGAAUUGGAAGGAACGAUCCAAGAUUCGAGGUUAAAAGUCGAGGUGCUUUCAUCCCCAGAAUCGGAAGAAGAGCCUCUCUCACACCAAGAAUUGGAAGGUCAGGCAGUCAUCCAUCAAAUAACUAAAUGAACUCAUGAUCUUUGGUUAUUUAUUAUUUUGUGAACUUUCCGUACAAUUUCCAUUCGAGAAAACCUGAAUUAAUUACUUAAAAGUAUCUGAUAUUUUAUGCAAUACAAAAAAUGGUGUGCACAAAGUUACAGAAUAGAUAGCAUAAUUGAAGAAAAAAAACAUGUAAAGACAUUGUGUAAAAUAAAUUGUAAAAUAUA